GUAGGAUAAUUUGAUGAUGACUACAGUACCAAAUGAUGAGCUUUCUCCGUCUCUUUGCUUUCUUUCUAGCCACCACCACAAAAGAUGAGCAACACACCCGUCCAGGAGCCACCUGCCGAGGAAUUGUCCUCAGGCAGUGGGCAGACAUUACCCUCCCGACCCCUACAGCCGAUCUCUGAUCCCACCGCUUCUAAAAGAGUAUGUUUCUACAAAAGCGGAGACUAUACGUUCAGUGGACAUCGCAUGGUCAUCAACGCCCGCACCUUCAAGACAUUUGACGCUCUACUGGAUGCUCUGGCCAAGAAAGUGCCUCUGGCAUUUGGAGUGAGGACCAUCACCACACCUCGCGGGACCAACCUGGUUAAGGCUUUAGAUGACUUACACGAUGGCGGAUCGUAUGUGUGUUCUGAUCACAAACGGGUGAAGCCAUUAAACCUGGAUGAGGUGAACCGACGGCAGGUACCGUGGAAUGCCGCCGGACUCCUCAGCGCAGGGCGACGGAGACGACAAGGAGCCCAGUUUGGUCCGUUUGGCAGAAGGAAUGAAGUCAUCACCAGCAGGCCGGCAAAGAUCACGGAGAGGGCGGCAGUACGGACACCAAAGAGGCUUGUUGUCAUCAGGAAUAGGGAUCCCACUGUUAAACGCACAAUUGUGCUCCAGAGAAGAACGGCACCAACAUUUGAUGCUUUACUGGAUUACCUCUCCCAGAUCCUGCAGUUCCCAGUGCUGAAACUCUUUUCUACGGAUGGCAUAAGAAUCGAUGGUCUGGCAGGACUUAUCCUGUGCACUGGAGUUGUCGUGGCAGCAGGCAACGAGCCAUUCAGAUUAGGAAACUACAGUUUUCACGGAACGAGCCAGAUGGCACAAGUAAUGUACGUGGAUACUGUGGAACCACCUAUGUUGCAGCCCAGAACCGAGAACAACAAAUCUUUGUCGAGUGGAAGAAGCUCAAGGAAUUUUUCCUUAUCAUCAGAGAGAUAUAUUGUCAACCAGAUAAACAAGUCUAGAAAUGGAAGCACUGACAGCCACCUGCAUCACCACAGCAGAUCAUUUGAAACAGAGGUCGACCAUCGUCAUGCAUCCGUGGAGACGUGUGGGACCGGGAGGGUAGACAAUGAGCAUCAUGCUUCCAUUGUACCUCAGGACGAUGACAUUGAAAAGUCUUUCCGUGUGAAUCAAGACGGCAGCAUGACCGUGGAGAUGAAAGUUCGUCUGACCAUUAAAGAGGAGGAGAUGCUCCACUGGACCACCACACUCAGCCGCUCCAGCCUUAGCAAGGGGGCAGUUUGUGCCUCGAUUUCUGAGUCGGGCAACAGCUCACCUGACUCAAACAACGCCAUUGCCAAAAACUCUUCUAGCUCCAGUGAGGAUGAGACGAGAGAGGAGAACCAUCCCGCUGGACUUGGAAAGGGUGUGGACUUUCAGGACCAGCAAGCACAUGAGGGCUACACAUCCAUAGCUUUGGGAAAAUCAAAAACUGGUUUCAAACGCACACCUACACCAGGCGCUCGCCACGUUACGAAGAAGGCGUCUGUUGAGAGUGUGAAGACGGUGACAGACUCAAGGGUUCAAGAGAGCACCCUGGGACAUUAUUCCUACAUGGAGAGGACGUCUGAUGGUGAGAAGACUGAGGGAUACUGCAUUGUCAGACACAGCAGCAGCAACAGGCCGAUCCCCAAACCUAGGAAAACAAUGUCUGCAGGGGAGAUCAACAAAGGCUCCAACUCCUCUGCCACAUCGUCGGGAGUAGCUGAGGUUCUUCAGAUAGAGAAUAACGGGAUGGAGGUGACAGAAACUGUGAUGCAUAUUUAUGAGAGUCAAGGCUGCUACGACAACUAUUUUGCAAAUGAGGAAUACAGCGCAGACAGUGUACCCCAGCAGGGUUCCACUCCAGCGGCAGAAAGCAAACCGUCCACUGAAUCAGGGCAGCGUUCAUCCAGGAAUGAUUGUGAUAUAGAUGUUAGCUGGCAGCCACCCACCACUCACUCACAACAAAGACAGAAAGAGGAGAUGUUGUCAUUGUCAUCAGAGCCAGUAACUCCAACUUAUGAGAUUACUGCAACAAACUCCCAAAUACAGGAGACAACAAAAAAAGACAAAACUCCUAAAAGUGAGACGAAGAAAAAGACAAUUAAACCAGCUCGGAAUAAGGAGGGUUUAAGUUCAACGAGCAGCUCAGAUAAAAAGCAAAAACAAAGCAUAGUUAGCCCCCCCAAAAAUAGCAAACCUUCAUCUACAGACAAGCUCAGCAGCAAUGCCAGUGUGGGAAAAAAGACUUUAAGUUCAUCGGAAAGUGCUAAAAGUGGUCAAAAGAGUAGAGGAGCAGAAAAGCCUCAAAUUAAGAAGGCGAUUAAGGAUGAAAAGAUGCCCAGGAAAGAGCAAGCCUUAUUAAAUGUGAGAAGGACCCCACCUCUAAACAUGAGUAAACCAGCUGCUAAAUAUAAUGGCCAUAAUGUAAACACUCCAUCUGGGAGGCCUCAAAUGAAGAAGAACCUGUCAGACAUUUUACAACCCAAGAAAUCCCUCUUGCCAGACAAAAAGACAAUUAGCAAGCCCAAAUCCAUGACUGAAAGCAGAAUACCAUCACCGAAAAGGUCUUUAGAGUUAAGUGAGAGUUCGAUGCCUUCUCUCAAUCCUUCCCCCUCUGAAAUCCACCAAUAUGUUGAGAACUGGUUGGAGAAAGUCAGCCCAGACCCAGUGCCACACACUGAGGAGGCCAUCACAGAUAAAUCACAGCCUCCAACAAAGGUUGUGUUUAAGCUUGGCGAUGAUUCCGAAUCAGAUGAAAAGAGUGAAUGCCAGACUCAUCCAGACGAGUGCUACCUAUCUCCCGGUGAUGCUAUAAAGAAAUCAGCUUCAGUAGCUCAUUGUCGUGAAGCUACAGCUUUGUUGCACAAUGAACAAUACGUGAAAGGUUUGUGUGUUUCAAUGCCGAGUGUCAGAGUCGAUCCUGGGCAACAGGAAGACAGACUGAGGACACACAAAUCUGCAGAGGCCAUUGGUCCGGCUGACAGUGGAUCGUCUUCAUCUACAGCCAACCUUUUAGACCCAAAAGCAAAUACAAAACAUGUCCUGCAUAAACUGUAUUCAUCUAUUCACUGUAUCAGAAGUGCAUGUGAAGCCAACACAACAUCCAACCUCGAGAAGUCCAACAGCCUUCCUGAUUUCUCCACACAAGUGGCGUCAGUGUUCGGCUCGUCGUGUAAAGCCUUCGUGUCAUUCUUGUCGGUGGUGACUCUGCGAGAUAACCUAACCGGAUCUGCGCUGGAAGACGACAACGAAUCCGAGGCCAUGCUGAUGAUGGAAUCCCUGCAGAAAAUUUCUGCCAUCGAGGACGAGCAAGAGCUGAGGGCAAGUUUGACCGAUCUGCAGAGUAGAGCGUCUUCCCAGUUCAGAGAACGCUGGAAGGAUUUCCAGAAUCUGAGAGAACGGCUCGAAAGUGAGCCGCUGUCCUCCAAAUUUUCAGAUACAGAAUUUGCCCUCGAUGUUCUCUCCGAAGGGGGCGAUGCAUUCGAGAAUAUUGAAGAGCUGAUGGAUGAGCUGAAUAUGCCGCAAGACCUCAGAGCAGAGAUUUCUUCAACGAUCCAUCAAGCUAAAUGUUUUUACCCUGUAGAGGAGAGCACUUUUGUAGAAACCGAAAGAUACCAGUCGGACUCAGAGGACGAUGUGGAACAAUUUAUUGAAGAAUGCAACAAUGCAACAAAACAAUCACCGGAGCUUAAUAUUACCUCCAUAGCUGAGGACAUUACUCAGACCAAACCGGGUAAUGACAAUGGAGAGGUAGAUAAAUCAGAGAAAAUGCAAUCUGUGUAUUCUGAGUCAGACCAGGAACCUUAUAAAGAACCAGAAAUAUCCCAGACAGACAGAGAUGAGACCUUAACAGACAAAGAACAUGACAAGGAAGAAGAGGAACAAGUCGACGAGGUUAGGGAAGUGGAGAAUGACAGAGAGGAUGGACAUACAAAAGAGAUAGACGGUGAUGGUGAAGAAACUGAAAAGCGAGAAAGGGAGGAAGUGAAUGACAAGGAAUCGCAGAAGGAAUGGGAAGCGGAAAAAGGAAGUGUGGAGGAUGAAGACUCUGUCCAAGAAGUGGAGGAAGGAACAGAGGAAGAGAUGACAGUGGAUGAGGAGGAAGAUGGGGAGAAACUAGAAGAAGCAGAGGAGGUAUUAAUGGAUGAAGCAGUUCAAGAAGCAAGAGAGGAUGCUAGUGUUGAAGAGACUGAGGAAGGGGAGGAGGAGGCUGAUGAGGGGGAAAAGAGUGAGGAGGAGAAGAGGCAAGGGGACAAGACUGACGAAGAGGCAGAAGUUAAGGAGGGCGAAGAGGACGAAGCAGAUGACUUUAUUGGGGAGACAGAUGAAGGAGAGGAAGUAGGGAAUAUUAAAGAAGUGGACGAGGAAGAGGAAGCAGAUGAGGCUAUGGGGGAGACAGAUGGAGAGGGUGUAGGAUAUAUUAUUGAAGAAGUAGAGGAGGAGGAGGAGGAGGAGGAGGAGGAAGGAGAAGAAGAUGUUGAGGAGGAAGCAGAGAACGGUAUUGAGGAGGAAAAUAAUGAGGAAGCAGAAAUGAAGGAAGGUAUUGAGGAGAAAGAUGAGGAAGAGGAUGUAGAAAAUAUAAUUGAAGAGAUUCAGGAGGAGGAAGAGGAGGAGGAUGACACAGAUGCAGUUACUGAGAAACAUGUAGAGCGGGAGGUUAUUGAGGAAAAUGAUGAGGAGGAAGAAGAGAGAGAACAAGAGGUGGUGGAGGAUGGUGAGGAUGUUGAGGUUAUAAAUACAGAAGAUCGGGUGGUGAGGAGGAAGAGUGAGGAGAGCAGGAAAGAGCCGGAGGAAACAGUAGAUAGUCUUGAGGAAGAAUCAGUAGGAGAGAAAGAAGUUGUAGAGAAAAUUGAAGAAAAUGUAAAAGCAUGGCAAAUGUUAGAUGACAAGGAGAGGGAAGAUGAUGAAGAAAAUGAAAAUAAUGAGUUAAAUGAGGGGUUAGACGAGACGGAAGAGCAAGAAUCAAAGGACGAGGAAGAGGAAGAAAAUGCCUCUGAAGAUGCCGACAGUAUUGCCGGUGGUACGGUUUGUAAAAACCUACUCGAGGAGGCCUCGUAUUUGCAGCAGCAGAGCAGCUGUGACGAAGCAAAUGCAGACGCAAAGGUAGCAGAACACAACACUGAAUCACCAAACAAAUAUUCCUCCGACUGUCAGUGUGAGGACGAUAAAGACAAUGGGACAGACACUGUAAAUGAAUUUGAAACAGACGACGGAGGGGAGCCUCACGAGGAAGGAAGCGGCACUCUACAACAUCCUGUGGAAAUAUCACAGGAGUUACUUGACUUUGUUAACUCUGCCCUGCAGUCCUCUUCACUCAUAUUCACAUAUGACGCUCGGGGGAACGUCAGGAUAGAGCCAGAUAGCGCCCGGGUUACACAAAAAAAACAAUCUGUCAUUCCAAAACAUAGAAAGGAUAAUUCCUACGGUUUGAAGCGUCUCCCGAGCCCAAGCACCUCAGGUUUGUCCGAUUACAGGCCAGAGACAUCGGAGAGUGGUGGAUAUAAAACUCAGGAGUCUGUAGAUAUUAUCUCAGAGAGCGGAGAAGAGGCCGACAUCCCUAUCGGGAGAACAAAUGUGGAGCGAGCCGACUCCAAACCGUCGGAUGCAAGCAAUGCGGAAGUCUUGCAAAAUUCCCGACUAAAAAGUGGAGGGAGUUUUUCUUCUCACGACUUGGGCACUAAAGCCUCAAAGGAGGAUCUGUCUUACUUCAGUGCCGCUAGCUCACAAAAGGCAGACACCGAUCCUGCCACAGAGGCCACACAGUGCUUUCCUUGCACCCCGGAAAAAGACUCACCUGAUGGGGUACUAAUCGACCAAGGUAGAUGGCUGCUCAAGGAGAAUCACCUCAUCAGAAAAUCUCCUCCAGUCUCCCUAGGAAUGUACGAUCAGUUAGAUAGCACAUCUGUAGAUACUAGCGAGGAUUCCCCGUCUCAUUGCAACGCCCAGCACAACCCCCUCGCGGCCAUAUCCUCAUCAGAGAUUGAGGAAAUGGCGAAGCCUCAAACUCCAAAGUGCACCUACUAUAACAUGCCACAUGGGAGCGAUUCAGACCCCUUUUUGGAUGAUUCCAGUGUCAAAAGUGGGAAAAUGGAUGCACGCAGUGUCAGAGGGAGAGGCUUCAGGGUGUCACCUACAAUUGAUACUUCCAAAACCUGGGCAAAUAGAAAUGGUAGUCUGUCUUCCUUUGCAUCAGUUGAGUUUAAAGUGUCAGACAGAAAAGUGCAUCCUGAGGGGGAGUCCUCAGCUGUGACAAGGGCAAGAUGGACACCUAGUGGAGGAGGGGGUGUCCUGCAAGCACAAGACUCUCGCGAUACGCUCCAUGUGAGAUGUGGCCAAUACUGUCCCAUACUAUAAAAUCAGGGCAUGUAUUUCCCGGAAAUAUGCACACGUGCUGGUCCUGCGUGUGCUUUUAGUCUUGUCUAUGGUUAUUUUGUUGUAAUGCAGCUAAAAAUGUGUUGUUUCGUCACAUACAUCAUGAACAAAAAACAUUUCUUGCGGCACCAGACCAGACGUGUGGUGAUUGAAGAGAGUU